GCACGAAUGGCAAAUUUAGAAACGGCAAUGCGCAAGGCCGACGACCCGGAGCGACCGACGUACAGCGAGAUCGCUGCGACGCUCGGGAAGCUCCGGGACCUCGGGCGCAAGUUUGAAGACACGGAGAAGCUGCUCACGCGCCUUCUGCAGUUCUCGCAAGUCGCGCCCAAGCGAGCGGACAUCUUGGCAGCCAACGGCAUCAACGUCGUGGCGAUGCACUUGCGCAACGCCGAGAGCCCGGCGAUUCAACAGCGCACGGCUGCCAUUCUGCUCAACCUGGGGCAAAGUGAGAAAGGCCGGGUCGCGAUUGCGUCCUGCAACAGUUGGUCUUGCUUGUCGUAUCGCCACGAGUGCCCUCUCUUUUACCUGCUCCAAGUGGCCAUCAACACGAAAGACGUGAUGCUCAAGCGCAUUUGCGCGGGCGCGUUGAUCAACUGCUCGUUCCACGCGUCGUGCCAAGUGCAACUGGAGGAAAUCAACGGCACACCGCUUCUCCUCAAGCUUCUCGACACUAACGACGAAGACGUGGCCGUGUACGCGGCGGCCACGCUCUGGUGCUUGUGCAAAGAGCGCAACUUUGUCAUUCGCCUCGAGACCAUCUACUGCCUUCCCGCAGAAGGGUUCAUGCAAAAGCUGUCGCUGAUUCUCUGGACGCGCUGCAUGAACUUUGGCCUUGCAGUGACGACGAGUCCGUACUCGUCCGACCAAACCGGUCUUCUCGAGAGCACUGGCGACAACAUUGACCUUGUAUUCACGAUCGCGAUCAACACCAACCUCUCGAUGGUGCUGCAGAUGGAGCACUACAACAUCAAGCACGUCCAAGCAACGGUGCAAGGCGCCAUGCAGUACAAGAGCGUGCAAAAGUUCAACCACGAUGGCGUCCUACUCGCGACGACGUGUGCCGUGUGCGCCAAGCCCGUCAAGGAUAAGCACCGGCUAAGCUGCGUCAACGACAAGUGCAGUGAGGUCUACCACCUUCGCUGCAGCCGCUGGCGGCGCAUCGACACGCCGACGGUGAACGAGAACCGCAGUAGCUUUUACUGCGACGUGUGUUUUCCCAAGAGUCCGCUCCAGUACCUGGACUUUGCGGCUGUUGAGGGCAGCGCGAUCUUGACCAAGCGCGACUUUGACGUGCUCGGUAUCACGCACGACACGGACGCGCUCUGCAUGCUUCAGGCGCCGUCGGGAAACGUCGUGGCGAUGGGAACCCGCAAGUACGCGUGUACGAGCAAGCACGACCUCGCCGUCGUCUUCAUCAAGGCAACUGUGCAGACGUGCGUCUCGCUCUGCCACAACAACCAGCCACCACUCGCAAUGCCCACGCCGGCGCUACAUCCGUGGACGUUCGAGUGUCUUCAGACGUCGAACGUCGCGCCAGAGCUCGCUCUGCACCGGCUAGCGCUAUGGCCUGCAACGAAGGCGAUUCCCAUCGACCCGAACGCGUACUUGCGCAAGUCGAGCGACGAGCUCGACCACGCUUGCGUGCUCGAGUGCAGCGUCGGAAGCAAGAGCGCAUCGGCCUUUGCCCUGGGCAGCGCCGACGGCCACGAGCUUUGGUCGGCCUUGCAGCCGAGCCGCGCCAAGUGCAUGAAGCUUGUCUCGGAGACGCUGGCGGCGGCCAAGAGCACCCCAAAGAAGCGCAUCAAGCCACACAUCCAGCGGACGCUCGAGCGCCAGCCGAGUGCUGGUCGUGUGUAAUAGCAAGGGGACAAAAGCCCUCGGCAAUAAAGCGCAAGGGAUGAUUUUAUGUAAUAGUAUCAACUUGAUAAUG